UCAUUUUAUAGUUCCACACAUCACAAACACUAAACAAAACAACAGAGGUGUGCUUUGCUUUGCGUGCUCUGUUUUUAACGAUGGAGAAGCACAAGUGCAAGCUUUGCUUUAGAAACUUCUCCAAUGGAAGAGCUUUGGGGGGUCACAUGAGGUCUCACAUGAUGAACCUACCCAUUCCUCCAAAACCAAACGAGUUCGCAACGGUUCAACUCAGUUUCGAGACCGAGUCAUCUCCAUCUUCAUCUUCCUUCGAACAAGACAAAAGCCUCUCUUAUGGUCUGAGAGAGAACCCUAAACGAAGCUUUCGUAUCGCAGAUCCCGAGUUUUCGUUUCCUGCAGACGCAGCCUCUGCCUCUGUGAUCCUCCAAGACAGAGAAAGCGAGACCGAGUCAUCCAAGAAACCAACUCGGAAACGAUCCCAGAGGCCGCGGAAACUCGGCGACACAACAAAAACAAUGAACAUCGCCAAACAGAACGAGUCGGCGAGUUCUGUUUCCGACACAACCACGGAGGAAGAUGUCGCAUUCUGUCUCAUGAUGUUGUCUCGUGAUAAGUGGAGUGAAAAUAAUCAUUAUGAGGAGCAGGAGGAAGAGGAGGAGGAAGAAGAAGAACAAGAGGAGAAAGAAGAAGAUAGCGAUGAAUCCGAGGAGCUGAAGUCUUGGAAGAAACCUAACAAAGUACGAGGAAGGUACAAAUGUGAAACAUGUGACAAGGUUUUUCGAUCUUAUCAAGCGUUAGGUGGACACAGAGCGAGUCACAAGAAGAUCAAAGUGGUCGAAGCUGAAGUUGAAAUGAAGGAUGGAAAAAACGGUGAAGAUUUUGCUGCUGUAGUUGUGGAGAAGAAAAUCCAUGAAUGUCCGGUUUGUUUGAGAGUGUUUGGAUCGGGUCAAGCUCUCGGUGGACAUAAGAGAACCCAUGUUAUUGGUUCUGCAACCGUAACUGCAACGCCAAUCGCAACCACAACUAAUUCAGUUAGAACUUCCACGAAGUUCGGAGACAGUUUGAUAGAUCUAAAUCUCCCUGCUCCUGCUGAUGAUGAUGAUGAUGUUAGCCAGUUCGAUGUCUCCGCCGUUUCAGAUGCAGAGUUUGUCAAAUUGCAUUAGGCAUCGGAGGGUGUGUUUGGAUUCACGUCAAAUCUACUUGAACAAACAGCUUUCACGUUAAAACGUGGCUUUGAUUACUUUCCAAACAAGUAGUUUAAAACUUUUUUCUUUCGUGGACUAGUUAGGCCAUGAUCCCAAGGUACAAAAUUUUGGUUCAGUUAAUUAAUUUCAAUUUUAGAUUUG